AUGGGUAAAAAAUCCAAAUCCCAGACUGCGAGCGUAGUGGCAUCAGACAAGGCUGAAGCUUCUCUUCCCUUUUUGGGCGGAAAUGCCUCCGUGGAUCCAGGUCUAGCAUCGCUAUUUGAGAAGAGUGCGGGUCCAGUGAAAAUCCCCUCGGUCUCAACCAGCGCCGCGAUAUCAAAACUAGACCCCAAUGCUUCCGACGAUGAAAGUGCAGAGGAGGGAGAGGCGUCCGACUCGGAAGAGAGGUCGGCCGACGAAGAUGAAGUUAUGCAGGAAACUUCCGAAGUCUCUGACGAUUUUGACACGAAGGAAGCCUCCGAGGUUUCCAGCCGGAAGCGAAAGAGGACAAAUACCGAGGAUCUUGAAGAGACAUACAUGCGUCGUAUAGCGAAAGAGGAGGAAAAGGAAUCAGAGAAACGUCGUGCGGAGAAGACAAAACGACAAAAAGUCGAAGAUGAAGAUGGUGCGCAUGACGAUAGCAACGAAGACGAUGCCUCUGAGCAACCCCAAGAGGAGGAGAGUUCAGAGGAGGAAGAGGAGGGACUCACCGUUCCAAAGCACGAGACGCAAUCCGGAGACGCCAACUCCCCAGAGAUUGAGAAGUCAAACCGAACCAUUUUCCUGGGCAACGUUUCUAAUGAGGCUAUCAAAUCAAAGACUGCAAAGAAGAUACUCAUGAAACAUGUAGGGUCAUUCCUCUCAACCCUCCCUGAGUCCUCGGGUCCUCAUAAGGUGGAAUCAAUUCGUUUCCGUUCCACGGCUUUUGCAAGUGGCGGGCGUGUCCCCAAGCGGGCGGCCUUUACCAAACGGGAACUUCUGGAUGACACUACACCCAGCACCAAUGCAUACGUUGUCUACAGUACUCUACAGGCAGCGCGGAAGGCGCCCGCCGCUUUGAAUGGUACAGUGGUUCUGGAUCGCCAUCUGCGCGUCGAUAGCGUCGCGCAUCCCUCGAAAAUCGACAACAGACGGUGCGUUUUUGUCGGGAACCUUGAUUUCGUGGACCAUGAGGCCGCUCCGGAGGAGGAUGAGGAAAAGAAGAAGAAGAAGAAAAGCAGAGCCCCAGCUGACGUGGAGGAAGGUCUGUGGCGGACUUUCAACGCCCAUACCACGGGAACCAAGGAGAACAAGGUCCAAGGCAAUGUCGAGUCGGUCCGCGUCAUUCGGGACCGUGCCACUCGCGUUGGCAAAGGGUUCGCCUAUGUCCAAUUUUACGACCAAAACUGCGUAGAGGAGGCCCUGCUCCUCAAUGGGAAGAAAUUCCCGCCCAUGCUGCCACGAAACCUCCGGGUGACGCGGGCCAAGAAGAUUGUGAAGAAGCGCGAGGAAACUGCCCCUCAACAGAAGGCACUUCGCGACGCCGACAAGACGCUCCAGGGUCGCGCAGGCCAACUGUUUGGAAAAGCUGGCGCGGCCAAGGUGAAGACCAACGCAACGAAAUCUAUCUCGCAAAAUUCCCUGGUUUUCGAAGGCCACCGGGCGACUAAAGAUGGCUCAUCCCGCAUACGCGUGAAGACAAAGAGCCGCGGUUCAAAGGGCAAGCCUAAUGGCAGGAGCACCAGGCGAGCUGCGGCCUACCGAGCUUCGGGGGGGAAGAAAGGCAAGACGGGCUGA